AUGACCUCGGCAACGACUCUCCGCCGGCUCUUGCACCCUACAGCGCUAUCACCGCCCCACAGGAGCCUUGCCACGUGUCAAACGUGCCCCUCGGCCCAGCUUAGCCAGGCCAGAUACUAUCGGCCUUAUGUACGAGUCAGGGCAACUGGUACAUCUGCCAAGGACAACGAAUCGCAGCCCUGCUCCGCUUCUGCGCGGAUACCGCUGCGCGCGGGCUCGGUGUUUGGUGUCAGCUCCAGUCGAGGCUCUCGAGCGUACCAAGAAGAUGCCUGGUCAGCUUCUUGCGUCUUGCUACCACCCAAGGCCAUCAAAGCUAGCUUGGCUUCUGGUUGGAGCAGGAUUGCCAAAGAGGCUGCGGCUAGGUGGCACCCUGAAAGCGAUGCGGAAGAAGCCGCGAAUGCCCAAGGAGUGGAAGGUUUGGACAAUGCAAAGGAGAGGGAACAGGCAUUGAUGGAGGAAUACGGACAGAUUGUUUGGUUCGGCUGCUUUGACGGGUGAGCGUACGCGGACAGCCCAGUGCCAGCGCCUCACGCGAUCCUGUUCGACGUGCAACUCAUCCCCCGCAUCACUCUUUUCGUGCGCAGUCAUGGAGGUCGAGCCAUUUCCACGUAUCUCAAGGACACUUUGCAUGCAACUUUCGAAUUAGCAGAUCCUCGCCUAGCGACCAAGAUUGCGCAAUUCACUCGUUCACUCGGCGGCUACUUUAGAAGGUUCGCGGGAGGCGGCAUGCAGCGAUGGGUCAGACAAGAGCUACUCAAGCCCGUCAGGGCUGGUAGAGGCUCCGCUGGACGUGCGCCUCGGACGCCAGCACCCAUGGAAGCUCAGACACCGCAAGAUGUCGACGCUCGCGAUAGCAAGCCGGCUCAAGAGCUGGCCGCUCAGCGAGGUCUGAGUGACGAGUCCACCACGCCGCAGUCCGGCGAGAGACAGAUUAUAGACGGCAGUGACAUUGGUCUGGUAGAUCCACCGGAUGCAGUCAGCUCAGAAGAGAUGACGAUCGCGGAGAGAUGUACGCUUGCCUGGCUUAUGGCCGACAAGGAAAUUCAGCAGUCGGAACACCUGAACGUCGGAGGCUCCACCGCUAGCGUUGCUCUCUUACAUUCGCUCGACGUUCCAGCCACGCCUUGGUAUUCGUCUCGCCUGCUAAGCAUCACCACAGCCCAGAUCGGCGACACUCGGCUGCUGCUCUGCGGAUCUGACGGGCGAGCGAUCCCCCUGACAAACUAUCACCAUCCAGACGAUAGGGGAGAAGCGGAUCGUCUACGCAAAGUCGGAGCGGGGAUGAUCACAGACUCAUUCGGCGAAGCUCGUUGGAUGGGGGCGCUGGCAAACACUCGCGCAUUUGGCGACUCCGGCUUCAAGAAGGCUGGCGUUACAGCCGAGCCAGAAGUCAUCACCCAGGUCAUCAAGGGCGAUGAUUACGCUUUCGUGAUUGCAUUCAGCGAUGGAGUUGGUGAGAAAGUCUCAGAUCAGGAAGUCGUCGACCUUUGUCGAGAUGCGGGACAUCCUAGCGAUGCUGCCAAGGCUGUUUUGAGCUUUGCCGAAGAGCUUGGAGCUGAGGACAAUGGCACUGUGCUGGUCAUACCAUUGCGGGGCUGGGGCAAGGUGGGCGGAGAAGACACGACGCGAGCCCAAAGAGAGUUCAGGAAGAGCAAGACAGAUGUAUUCCGGGAGGGCAGGAGAUAA